AAUCUGUCAACAUUAGGAAAACGAAAGUCGUCGUGGAACUCUUUGGUGCUGCACGCGAAUGGUUUUGAAGUGAAUUUUCCGAGGAAAAUCGGCGCACCAUGUCCAAGAACGAGAACCGGGAGGCCACCAUCCGGCAGCUGUACACGGAGCUGAACAAGCAGGGCUCCAAUGGCGAGUACGAGAAGGCCCUCAAGUCGGCCAACAAGAUUUUGGCGCUGGACCAGAACGAGACGAAGGCACUGCAGUGUAAGCUGGUCUGCCUGAUUCAACUGUCGAAGUUUGAGGAGGUGCUCAAGUUUCUGGACCGCACCCAACCGGCGUACGAUUGUACCUUUGAGAGGGCUUACUGCCAGUACAGGUUGAACCAGCCGGAGGCCGCAUACAAGACCAUUCAGGAAAGUGGCGUGAAGCCGUUGCCGCCGAAUCUGAAGGAGCUGAUGGCGCAGAUCUUGUAUCGGUUGGAAAAGUUCGAGGAAUGUUUCGAUCUGUACCGGGACAUUAUCAAGAACACGCACGACGAUUACGACGAUGAGCGGACGACCAACAUGAGCGCCGUAGCGGCCAACUUGUGCGUUGAGGGAUCGAAGAAGGAGCUGCCCAAGCUGCGGGAGGACACGUACGAGUUGACCUACAACGCCGCUUGUGCCCUGGCCGGAAAGCAGCAAUUUCCGGAGGCGGAGAAGAAACUGCGCACCAGUGAGAAGCUGUGUCGCGAGUUCCUGGAAGAGGACGGUGCGACGGAGGAGGACAUCAUGGACGAGGUGGCGAUCAUCAAGGUCCAGCUGGCGUACUGCCUGCAGAUGCAGGGCAAGUCCAAGGAAGCUUCGGCGAUCUACACCGAUGCGUUGAAGCACAAGACGAACGAUCAAGCGUUGACGGCGGUGGCCAGCAACAAUCUGGUGGUGAUCAACAAGGACCAGAACAUGUUUGAUUCGAAGAAGAAGAUGAAGCAAGCCACUUCCGAGCAGGCGGAACAUAAGCUGACCUCCAAGCAGAAGAAGCUGAUUGCGUUCAACAACUGUCUGCUUGCGUUGUUCACCAACCAAGCGGAUUGUCAGCUGUUGGCCAGUCGUCUGGGCAAUUCCUACCAGGACUUGGAGUUCCAGUCGUUGUUGAUUCGCGUCAGCCAGAUGGCCAAGGACAAGAAGUUCAAGGACGCCGUCGAGUUGCUGCAGAACUACUGCAAAAAGCAACCGAAGCAAGAACUCGAGGUCAAGUUCGCAAUCAUCCAACUCCAACUGAUUGCCGGAAACCGCAAGGCGGCCGUCGAAAUCCUCGAAAGCCUCGGCGAAGCAAAAUACCGCCCAGGUGUUGUUUCCGCUUUGGUCACACUCUACCUCGGCCUCGACAACAAAAACGCUGCCUCAAACAUUCUGAAAACCGCCGUCGAAUGGUACAAAAAGAACAAGGCCACCGCCGGCGGAGAUCUUACCGACAUGUGGCGCCAAGCGGCCAGCUUCCACCUCCGCGGUGGCGAAGCCGAAACCGCUGCCAAGAGCCUGGAAGAACUGCUCCGCUCCAAUCCCACCGACAUGAAGAUCCUCGCCCAACUCGUCAUCGCCUACGCCCAGUUCAACCCCAAGAAAGCCCAAGAAGCCAGCAAGAAACUUCCCGCCCUCGAAACCCUCGCCACCGGCGCCGAAAUCGACGCCCUCGAGGCCACCAACUGGAUGAUGAUCGCCAAGGCCGUCAAGAAGAAGAUGCCCUCGUCGGCCGGCGGCAAAACCGACCAAUCGCCAGGAACGCCCGGAAGCGAAAUAACCAAGCAGAAGAAGAAGACGGUCCGCAAGCGCAAGGGAAAGCUGCCGAAAAAUUACGACGCCAGUGCCGUGCCCGAUCCGGAGCGCUGGCUGCCACGCUACGAGCGCACCGGCUACCGCAAGAAGCGCGACCGCCGCGUCAAGGAGGUGAUGAAGGGCAGCCAGGGCGUGUCGUCCGGACAGGCCGAUCAAUACGACAUGAGCAAGUCCUACAACCAGACCAAGGAGAGCCCGGCUACGCCAGCGGCGAACCUGCCAACGGGACCGGCACCGCGCCAGCUGCCGCGUAAGAGUCAGCACAAGAAGAAGAAGGGUAAGCAUUAAAAGGGAUUGUGGAUUGUUUGCAUUUAUUGCAUCGCAUCGCAGUUGCGAAAAACUUUCAACAUUAAUAAAAAUUGUAUUGCAUCCUA